AGCGCAAAACUGCCAUUGAAAAACAGAGGAAAGAAGAAGAAGAGAAGAAAAGCAGGUUACUUGAAUGUCUUCUUCACAGGCUUAUCUGAAGGAAGGCGGCAACAGGAAGCAGAAUUGAAGCUAAUUGAAGAAGAGACUGCCAAGAGAGUGGAAGAUGCAAUUCGUAGGAGAGUUGAAGAGAGCUUGAAAUCUGAAGAAAUUUUGGUAGAGAUUCAAAGACGGUUGGAAGAGGGAAGAAAGAGACUAGUUGAUGAAGUUGCAGCUCAACUUGAGAAAGAAAAGGAAGCUGCUCUUAUUGAGGCUAGGCGGAAGGAGGAGCAAGCUCGGAAAGAGAAGGAAGAGCUUGAAAGGAUGCUUGAAGAGAACCGGAGGAAGGUUGAAGAGGCUCAGAGAAGGGAAGCUUUAGAGCAGCAGAGGAGAGAGGAGGAACGAUAUAGAGAGUUAGAAGAGCUCCAGAGACAAAAAGAAGAAGCCAUGCGAAGGAAGAAACAGGAGGAGGAGCAAGAACGUUCAAACCAAAUGAAGCUGUUGGGCAAAAACAAAUCACGACCAAAGUUGUCAUUUGCAUUUGGAUCAAAAUGAUUGUAGAGUACCUUGUGUGUCUUUUUUUCGCUGCUAAACUCUUGAUUGUUUGCCUAAAUUCCAUAUUUGCAUCUGUAAUAGAGGGAAUUAUGCUUUCCCACAAUUUUCUGGGCAAUGUUUUGUAUCUGAUACUCCGUUUCCACUUCCAGUUUGUGGGAAAUUUGAUUGCUUAUCAUCACUCAAGGUUUGUAUCAAAGUCACAUUCAUAGGUAUAGGGCCAGCGUGAGCCGAUCUUGGGUGCAGAAAUUGACAGGGACAAAUGGAUUCCUCACAUUCAACUUGAAAGGCCUUCAUAAAAUUUGCGUACGAAUAUUCCUUGGAGAGUUGGAGGCAUGCUGGACGUGGAGGUGGAAAUAGAGAUGGACUCACGAAAGAGAGCUCUAAAAACGUUUGAUAUGUACAUGGAACUAUGAUGUUUUUUAUUUUAUAUAUGUAUUUAUAAUGUAAAAAAAUUAAAUUGUCCUUGUGUGAAUAGCUGACACAGUUGGCCACCGUGGGCCCCAGCUACUAAAGCUGGUCAUGGCUGUGAACCCGAGGGUGAAGUUUAGUAAUGAAAAGGUCUGUAGGCGA